AGGCUCGGGUCGCUGCAACCUCGAGUCGGGUUGGAGCGGAUGGGCGGCGCGGGGGCCAGCGUCGGCGGCGCCGCCCCGCCGCCGCCUCGACUCCUCCUCCUCCUCCGUCGCUGUCUACAUCUUUCGACGGCAUGCGCCGCCUCGCAGGGCGCGUCCAGAGCAGCUCGGGCGGCGCUGCUGCGGCGGGGGCGGAUGGCGCGGUCGCCGCGCCGCUCAUCGGUGAGCCGGCGCUCCCGCGCGGCGCUCCGGAGGCCGGCGGCGUGUUUCGCCGCUGCGGAGGGCGUUGUCGUCGCGAGGGGCGGGCCCACGGCGGCGGAGGCGCUGCGCUGACGGCCGCUGACGGCGGCGGUGAGGGCCCAAGCGCCGGCCGAAGAAGCGUUGCCGCGAUUGGCGGUCCCCGCCGGUCGGGGCUGGCAGCGCUGCACGACUGGCGCGGCGACAAGGCGAUCGAGGCCGAGCAUAUGCGCUGGAGGCGACGGCCUCGACUUGCGCGCGAUCGGCGCCUCGCUCCUCUCGGCUCGGCAACGAUACGCGGCGCGCCAGCGUCGGCCCGCUCAAGGC